AUGGCAGACAGAGCGAGCAGUUUGCUGAAGAGACCUCACCCUGAAGACGACGAUGAAAGUCAAAAACGUGCCAGAUCCAAUGAUGGAUCGCCCCGUCCGACUACUCCCGCUGCGCCGCCGAAGCAGGACGUCAGUCAGAUGUUGGCCGCAGCAAAGGCAAGGGCCGCGGAAUUGAAAGCGAAGAUGAAUGCUGGCAAAACUCCAACGCCGUCUUCUCUGCCUCCCGCAGGCUCGUCUGCAGAUAGGAUAGCUGCCCUGAAGGCUCGAGUCGCUGCGAUGACGAAUAAAUCCUCCUUGACUACACAAAAGCCGUCUACGUCUACGGUUCCUGCCUUCAACGAUGACAUUUCCAAGGCACGAGGUGGUUUGGAUAUCGGUUUACACCCUGCAUUGCUGGCAGAUACACAACAAGACACACAGCGAUCAAAGACAUGGACGCCCCAGCCCAAGUUUGCUACAACGAUGGGAAAUCGAAGAACCGAAUCAUCAGCACCACAAAAGAAGGAAAUGUUAGACCUCUCUGGUCCUUCUAUUGAAGAAAUCAAGGCCAAUCCAUAUUUCGACCCCAGUCUUGGGAAUGCCAUGGCCAAAGGGCGAACGUCAAAACAACUCAUCUUCAAUCAAAAAGGAAAAUAUAUCCAACAAGCUGCUGCGCUUCGUCGACAAGCUCAGCUCGAAGCUGUGAAAAAGAGGAUUGCAGAGCGCGCCAGACAGGCUGGUUUGGAGGAGGAUUUGGACACAGACAGAGCGUUCUUGGUUGCCAACCCUCCGGAGAUAGAGUGGUGGGAUGAGGGCUUGGUGGAUGGAAAGUCUUACGACGUGAUUUCCGACCUAUCCAAGCUUAAAAUUGACACUCCCGACUCCAUAAUCACCGUCUACAUCCAACACCCGGUCCUAAUCGAACCACCCCAAGAAAAGAAUAAUCCAGCUCCCAAACCCAUGUAUCUAACGUCCAAAGAACAAGCCAAACUCCGCCGCCAACGCCGCAUGGCCGACCUCAAAGAAUCCCAAGCCAAAGUCCGCCUAGGUCUAGAACCCCCACCACCCCCCAAGGUCAAGAAAGGCAACCUCAUGCGCGUCCUCGGCGAAGAAGCCGUAAAGGACCCCACCGCCGUCGAGGCUCGCGUCAACCGGGAAAUUGCCGACCGGAAACAAAGUCACGACCAAGCCAACGCAGACCGCAAGCUCACCAAAGAACAGCGACAAGAGAAACUCGCGCGACAACAGGCCGAAGACGCCGCACAGGGCAUCCACGUGCGCGUCUACAAGAUCUCCAGCCUCGCCAACGGAAAGCACCGGUACCAAGUGAACGUCAACGCGGAUCAAAACGCACUCACCGGCGUCUGCAUCAUGCAUCCCAAGUUCAACCUCGUGAUCGUCGAGGGCGGCGAACAUAGUAUUCGCAACUACGACAAACUGAUGAUGAACCGGGUGCACUGGACCGAGAUGGAAGCGCCGCGCGCCGUACAGGAGGGAAAUCGCGAGGCACUGGCAAAGUGGUUGGAGGCCGAGGACGAGGAGGGCAACCUCCGUGACCUGAGCCUCAACCGCUGCGAUCGCAUCUUCUCUGGUGAGGUCAAGCAGCGCCAGUUCCGCAAGUGGCUCGGUGCCAGGGUCUGCGAGACCGACACCCAUGCCAAGGAUGUCCUCUCCCGGGCAAAGUACCCCGAGUUCUGGAAUAUUGCGAAGACCUGGACGGCGGACGAUUUCUGA